UGGACCAAUCAAAACGCACACAACGUCACGAAACAAAGUAUAUAAAUCAGCAAAGUCGCAAUCAAAUCAUCAUUCAUCAAUAAGCAGUCAACAUGAAGACUACAGGAAAAUAUGAGUAACAACCAAUUAAGAACAGCAGUAUACAAAGCAGCACAGACACGGACACAUUUGUUCCGCACAAAUGAAAAUUUGCGCUGAAUGGUUCCCACCCCAGCACAAAUCUGGGGGGGGUUCUGUUACGGAACAAACAACCGUGACACAGAAAAAGGUCUUUUUCAAGACCACCAAAUAAAGACGAUUGGAAAAAUGGACACGAUAUGACAAGUGAAAAUCACACAUAAUAGAUAGGAAUGUCCGUUCAACGGUGUGAUUUUCAUUCGUCUAAAACAUAGUACGCGAACCAAUCAACGAUGGACUAGAUUGUCGAAAAGGGUAUAAAUACCGGACACUCUCGACAAUCUAGUCAGUCCACUUCAAGCCUUCAAUCUGUCAACAACUACUAGAAAAGUUCCAACAGAAAGAAGACACGGACCAGAAGACCAACCGCCGAUCACCAGACGAUACGCCGCUCUACGGCUGCAAGCAUCGUUCGACCAACGACUACCAACAACAACGUCGCUCCACGGCUGAAGCGCCGUUCGACCACCGGCCACCGACGAUACGCCACUCCACGGUCGCAAACAUCGUUCGACCGUCAAACAUCGCCGGUUACCGUUCCACGGCGUGAGACCGGUGCGAGUUCACAGGCGAACAACAACGCCGUCAGUACCAAGAUCCACGUGGCUGCCGUUUAACAGCUUAAGACCCGUGGCGACACCGAUUCCUGCAGCAGCGAUAUCAACCAAUCACCGAUCGCCGCUUACCAAUCCAGGCCUAUAGGACCGCCGGACACCUCAACAACUCCCGGCUUUAUAACACUAAACGGCCCUUUUCAGGGCCAACACGACAUCGACUUCGGCGCUUAACUAAGCUGUCCGACCCGGGUCAGGUUCGUCGUCGGGGUACCGCUUGAUUUAAGUCUGUACCGACGACGGCCGGCUCCCCAGCCCAAUACUGAUUGUUGUAUAAUAUACAUAUUAUAUUAUUAAACCUAUCUCAUUGUAAAUUAGGGUCCGGCUGUUGCCCGACCACCACCCAAGCACCACCGAUUGCGCCGACUCACUUAAAUAAGUCUGGUCGGCGCAAAUCGACGCUUUACUGAUCCACAAUAUUGUCGAUAUAAUAUAUAUUUUCUAUAGCAAUAGAUAUAUUUGAUUACCGCUAUAAACCAUCGUAUUUUUAUUUGACGAUACGGGUUGUCCAUUCGGACACCCCGUAACAACUGGCGCCCAACCAGUGGCAAGAAGGCCACGACUCCGAGAUUACACCGACAAAAUGGUGAAGAGUACGCAUGCAGAUCGGAUCCAGCAACUAGAAGACACGAUGCAACUGCUACAGGAGAAAGUAAAUACUCAGACCACCGCACUCGAAAACCUAACUAGGGAGUUACGAGACGCUACGGAUAUAAUUAAACAACUAAUCAAUGACACAGAUACAAAAAUUACGAUCGAAGCAGCAAGACGUCAGAGGGACAUCCAAUUGGUAAAAACAGCGAGUCAAGACAACGCAAGUACAAGGGCAAGCAACAUCGAACUAACAAUGCCAACUUUCAGUGGCGAACCGAGCGAGCACCCGAAAGAAUUCUUGAAAAACCUGAACUCGUACUUAGUGCACAAACACAUCACCCAAGUUGAUCGAAUAAUUACAAUCGAAAAUUGCAUGAGAGGAAAAGCUGCAAAAUGGUUCACCAUGAUCAAAGACUUGGCACCAAAUGAAGAUACAUUUAAGACACUGUUUUUGAAACAUUUCUUUUCGGAAGACCGUCAAUGGGACAUAUUUAUAAAAUGCACGGAAGCAGGAAAAAAACCAAUAAGCAAUAACUUCCAGGAACACUUCAAUUAUUGGAUGACAGAGCUUAAGCAUCUGGACUCGCCAAAAAUGGACGAAUUACAGGCUAUUAACCUAAUAACAAAGCAUUUCCCUAUAGCCAUUCAGGCUUACAUACAGACAACGCAAGAAAAAAAAUUCCUCAACAUAUGGGAAAAGUUGGGUGAAUUGGAAAAUAAUUACAACAAACAGAACAGUACCGAUCAGCAAAUGACAAAUAAUAAACAACCAUUCACUAAUCGGUACACUAGUACAAACGACAACCAAACACAACCGUUUACUAGUCGGUACGGUAACACGAAUGGCAGUAAUUCACAACAAGUCGGGGGCCGAUAUACACAAACGGGGUCUACACAACAAAAUAGCGCUCAACAAUCAGGUCCACGACAAGCAACCCAACGACCAAUAAAUGGGACAAGUGGACAAACACAGUACGCAUCAGCGCAAGAUAAAAAAACAAUCAGAUACCUCGUAACACACGAUGACACAAAUGACGAGUCAGCCAAUGAGGAGGGAGAGGCAAACAUUAUCGAUGACGAUACAAAAAACUUAUACGGGGAGGCUAUGGCGUAGGGAGACCAAUAGCUACUGAUCCCGUCAAUUCCGAAAAACACAUAAAACGAAUAUCAAAUAGCAAGCAAAACAUAAGAAUACAACCGCACAGAAAAAAAAUAAUAAGCCAGAAUACAUUAGUAAUACGAGACCC